GCGGCCGGUGCCUCGACACCUCACCUCGGACCCAGUCGUAUGAGCGGCCAAUAUGCGAUGAGUGGAAGCAAACACGAGGCGACAGCCUCCCACUCCCGUGAGCCGGCAGUCUGGCGGCGAGGGCCUCUCUGCUGAUAGCACGCGGCGUCACUGCGAAGGUCAGCGCCGAUAGCAGCAGCCGGCAACGAGCAGCCAGCACCGAGAUGCCCCGCGGCAAGCUGGCGCGCGCGCCCUCCUUCACGCUGCCGGGCCGCGCGAUGCUGCGCCUGGACCCGGCGCUGCGCUUCUCGCUCGGCCGCCUGGUGGAGGCGGCCCGGCCGCGCCCCGACGCGCCCUCCCCCGCCGCGCAGGCGCGCUUCGCCACCUCCUGGCAGCUGCGCUUCCGCGAGGAGUGGGGGCGGCUGCGCGCGGCCGUGCGCCGCCUCUUCCACUGGCCGGAGGCGGCGAGCGAGGACCUGGCGGCGCUGCACGAGGACGUGCGCGUGCUGCAGCGCUCCCAGGCCGGCUCCUUCAUGCUGGAGUACUACCAGAGCACGCUGCUGCGAGACGCCGCGGCGCCGCUGCUGGCGCGCCUGCUGGAGCGCAGGGCCGAGCUGGCGCAGACCCUGGCGCUCGUGUGGACGCACUUCUACUGCCACUCGCUGCCCGCGCUGCAGGCCGUCUUCGUCAGCGUCAAGCACCAGCGACUGUCGGUGCGGCAGGCCACGCUGGUGGGGUUUCGGGACUACCUGCUGCUGCAGGUCGAGGAAGAUCUGGCACCUUUGCUGCAGCAGCUUUAUGCAAGGAAUGCUGUGCCCGCCGCUGUUCGCCAGAUGUUGCUCGUACUGCAGGGCGUGACGGAGUGCUACCCGCCUAGUGACAAGCGGCUCCGACUGGAGCAGCUGGUUGCACGCUGUGUGUCGCCGUACCAGGUCUAUAGGGGAUGUUACGUGGGAGGCUGUGACUAG